UCCAAAAUGGAAGCCGAUCAGUCAGAAAAUGAAAAAUUACGCAAACAAAUUCAGUUUUUGACAGAUGCCAUUGCAAAUGCCAAGUCCAGAAGACAUGAUGGUACUCAUCCCCUACCCUAUCACAAUUUUCCUGCUAAUAAUACUAGGACUGGGUACUCAUCAAGUUCAUGUAGACCUUCAUUGCAGAAGGCAUCUUCUCAUAUUAGAUUUGCUGAACGGAAUACACGACCUUUUGUUAAAACAUUCAGUCAGGAACAUUCACAUUUCAUGGGCCAGGCACCUGCUAAUGCCAAUGCAAGACAAUCAGAACUGCAAUACAGUGUAAAAGGUGCAAACAUGCAACCUGAUCAAAUUCAAGAGACGAAACGUAGGUUAAAUGAAUAUCAACAAACUCGUCUUCCUACACAGUCUCUGAAAUGCAAAGACGGACUUUAUGUAACAUCACGUUUUGAUCCUGAUUCAGUGAAACUGAAAAGUGCUAAACUUGUGACAAAUACUGCAAAAUCAGACCCCAGUGAGAAUAGCAUUAUCAAUACUAAUUCAGCUGAACUAAAAAAGAAGGAGAUGCAAGUAUUAACUGACAAAAAUACAGCAAUGAAGCCAUCCUCUAAUUCGGGAAACUUAAAACAAACACAGGUGAAAUCAAAUUCAAAUUUGCUUCAGAAAGAGAUCGAGAAAAUGCAAAGUAAAAUUGCAGACUUGAAGAAAUCUUUAGAACAGAAGCAAUCGUGUAGGUCCAGUAGUGUGAUAGAUAAAUGUAAAGUAGAAGAGAAGAAGUGCCAGAGUAAACCAAUCCUAGAAAAUCCUUCGAAAGGGAAUGAUAGUCAAAGUUGUCAAAAAUCUGAAAGAUCUAUUACAAGCCAGUCUUUAAAGCAAGAAUCUUCUAUAUCAUCAUAUUCAUCAAUGUCAGCCACUAAAACUGAUAGUCUUGUUCAAAACAAAGACAUUAAAUUCUCAUCAGACAGACAUAAGAAUAAAGGGCAAGAAACUGCAAACAUUAUAGGGGCUCAAACAAAUGCUGGUAUGUCAAAUGUUAAAUCUAUGUUCAAAGAUGUGACCUCAAAACUCGAGCCUCCGCCAAGUGAUCUGAUAUCAUUAUCAAAGUAUAAACUGACUCGACUAGCAACAUCUCCGACAAAGCAGUCGCCAUCAAAAUCAACGGCACCCUCUAAAGUAUCUGAGAAUACAGCCAUAAAUGUUAUAGGAAUGUUCAACUUAGAUAUGAAAUCUGAAAAUUCAUUAUCACAAAAUCAAACACACUAUCCUUCAUGUAUAUCUGUUAAAAAAUCAAAGUACUACUCAGGCACACCUGCAAAGUUCAUCAAAAAGUCAAAGUAUUCAAUCACAAGGGUCAAAAGUUCACAAAAAAAGGGAUUGGUGCAAAAGAAUGUGAGAAAUAAGUUAAGUCCACCUGCUAAGUUUCUAAGUCUUUCUAAAUAUGCCAUUAAAAGGGUGAGACGUUCUUUGUCAGAUGAACAUAGGCAACUUGUUCAAAAGGGUACUAGCAUCACCAAGGCAACUGAUAAAUUAAAAAACAAUGAUCCAUAUUCAUCACAACCUUCAGUUCGAGUGUUGCGGUCAAAGUUCAAAAUGGAAAAGGUCCAACCAUGUUCAAAUAUAAAAAGUUGCUAUUUAUUACCUGGCAGUAAUUCAUCUUACAAGUUUGAUCAGAGAGGUUCAUACAGGCAAAGAAAGUACAGACCAUUCAUACAGAAAUAUCAAGACAAACAGUACAGGAGAACAGGAUUUGGCUACAGCAGCUAUUACAACUUAGAUUAUCAUACUGGUUGUUUUAUUACAGGAGGAUAUAUCAGUAGAUUUAAAGGUCAAGGUCAUCCACAUUAUAGAAAUGAACAUGGCAGGUAUGGCAAACAUUUUCAUCAUUACACAUACUCUAGAAGACAAGCUGUUAGUGACAGAUAUCUUAGAAGGAGGCUACAGAGACUACAAGACAGUGUUCCUUUUAAUCCAAAACACAGACUGGAUAGGAGAACUACAGUUCAGGAAGUAAAGACACCAGUUAAUUUCAUUAUGAUAAAUGGAAUGUUGUACAAGUCAAAUACUAAAUCUUUGGUGAAAGCUGUUUCACAGAAAACACAUCUGAGCAAACCUACAACAGGAGUGGAAGAGCCAAAAAUAAAGAAGCUAGAUACCACAAACAUGAAGACGGUCACAGUACGGGGUGUAAAAUUUAAAGUUGACAGUAAAGGGAGAAGCCUUAAAAGGGUUCAUCAGCAGGGAUUGGUGGAAGAUAAACCUGAUGUUUCUUCAUCAACGACAACAAAGGCCGGGCAAAUUUCUCGUGUAGACAUCGGAGGUGUGACAUACGUUCAAACAAAACCAGGAACUUUAGAAAGGGUCGGAUCUGUGAAGUCCAGAAUGGCUGCCACACGCGUGGUGAAUAAGACAGUUCACAGGGCAGCUGCAAAAUACAAGAAAGAUAAUACAAAAGUCCUUAAGAAAAAGAAAUACUGCAUGUUUUAUAAUAGAUUUGGAAAAUGUAACAAGAAGGGAAGCUGUACCUACAUACAUGACCCAGAGAAAGUGGCUGUCUGUACAAGGUUUCUUCGAGGCACGUGUAAGGUGAAAGACUGUCCAUUUUCUCACAUUGUAUCAAAGGAUAAGAUGCCAGUAUGUUCUUACUAUCUGAAGGGUGUUUGUAAUAGAGAUGACUGUCCUUAUUUACAUGUCAAUGUAAACAGAGAUGCUGAAAUAUGCCAAGAUUUUGUCAAGGGAUACUGUCCUCAAGGAGAAAAAUGCAAGAAGAAACACAUUCUAAAAUGUCCGGAGUUUACACAAACUGGAUCAUGUUCUAAAGGUAAAAAAUGUACUCUUCAGCAUCGGAGGGCGAAAAGAAAGCAGCAGACGAUAGAUCAGUCUACUGAAGAAAACAACAAAAAGCCAAAACUGUUGGAGCAAGCUACAUUGCCCCUAGCCUCUGUUAUCACAAAAGAAAAGAAUGCAGUAGGUUCUGAGACGGACACUAACAAACAAGCAUCUGAUAUUGACAGUGAAAUAGAUUUACCAUUUAAAGAGAGAAAACUUCCAGCCUAUAUUUCAUUGAAGACAAACACCAGCAAAGUGAAAGAAGAUGUGGUUGUUAUACUGGAAAAUGAACAAAAACAGAAUGUGAAAGCAUCAAUGAAGAUUCGUCCUCAGUUAUGAACAGGCAUGAAAGGUUACAGUACAGGUUAUGCGACAUAGUUAAAGUAAAUAACCCUCUGGAAUCUUCUCAUGCGACCAGCACAAACCAGUACAGACGAUCAUCAAUCAGCACAGCAGUGCAAUCCAAUCACGAUCUGCUUUAUUCACCAUUCAGUCAAUAUAUAUUUUGAAAAUUUUCCCCUGAAAGUGUUGAAUGGUUUUGUCCAGGUUGAAAGAUUGACAAGUCAUUUAAGUUAUUUAGGGAGAGGUAAGGAUAAAAUAGACCAGCAUAUAGUAGUAGGAAAAUGUAAAGACAUGGUCUAGGUAUUUUUAUCAAAUAUGCCUUAUUUCUCUGUAUAUCUUAUAUGCAUAACUCAGAUUAAUUAU